AUGGCUUCAUCGAGUAAUCCGGGAAAAGUUGCUUGCAUAUGGGGUGCCAACGGAAUAUCUGGUAUGGCAAUGAUUGAAAUAAUCACACAACAACCUCGCAAUGAAUGGAGCAAAAUUAUUAGUAUUUCUCGACGACCUAUAUUAUCUGAUAUUAAAGAUGAUCGUAUUCAUUUUAUUUCAAUCGAUAUUAUGAAAGCAAGUAUUGAUGAAAUUGCAUCCGAAUUGAGUGCAGCAGAUGGGCAAAAGAUUACUCACAUGUUCCAUUAUACAUAUAUUGAGAAAGCGGAUGACAAUGAAUUGGAUCAAGUUAAUAAAGCUCUUCUACAAAAAGCACUCGAUGCAACAAAAAAGGUGGCAGGUAAAAAUGUUCAAUGUGUUAUGUUACAAACUGGCUACAAAUAUUACGGUGUACACAAAGGAGGUAAACAUGUAGCUCCUCUUCCGUUCACUGAAGAUGCACCUCGUCAUGAAGGCGUGAAUUUCUAUUACACACAAGAAGAUCUUAUCAAAGAAUAUGCUCAACAAAAUCAUUGGAAUUAUGUUAUUACUCGACCGAAUGUCAUUAUCGGUGUUUCCAAAGGAAACUUCAUGAAUUUCGUUCUGAGUCUGGCUAUCUAUGCUGUUAUUCAAAAGGAAAAAGGUGAACCACUUAUUUAUCCUGGAAGUGAAACUGGUUGGAAUGUAAUUGUCGAUCAUUCAUCAUCGUGGAUAAAUGCUCGUUUUCAACUAUGGUCAUCAACUAAUCAAAAAACACUCAAUCAAGCAUUUAAUAUACAUAACGGUGACGAAUUUCGAUUUCGAAAUAUAUGGCCAAAAAUCGAGAAAUAUUUUGGUUUUGCUCAUCAUGAACAAAAAUUUCCAGCAGACAAAAACGCACCACAAUUGAUUAUAUCUGAAUAUAUGCCUAAGCAGAAAGAAUUAUGGCAUCAAAUUGCCAAACACAAUAAUAUUGACGAAUCAGCUUUUGAGUAUUCAACCUGGACGUUUAUGGACGCCAUCGUCAAUAUACCAUUCGAUGUUGCAGCUGAUCUCAGUAAAGCGCGUAAAUUUGGUUGGACAACAAAGAUCGAUUCAGCAGAUUGUUUCAUCGAAUGCUUCGAUAAACUCAAGAAAAUGAAAAUUAUUCCAAACUAA